AUGGUAAUGUUUAUAUGCGGCUGAAAACCUACAUAGCCACUCAAAAACUUAAGUAAUUGUUUUAGUACGGUAGUAAGUGACUAUUUCAUACUGAAAAAUCACAAUAAUCUGCAGAGUAUAGUGAUGUGUUCUGACGUUAGGUCGGAUCUGAUAUUUCGACGAUCAAAACCAGUCGGUGAAAGUAUCAAAUUAUUUACCUGCGAUUUAGUUUCUUUCAACAUUCGAUUGUUCUUCAUUCUUCUAUGAUGUGUGCUUGUUCUUGAAAUACCAGAUUUGACUUGAUUUCUUCGCAUACUUAGCGAGUAUAAGGCGAAAACUCCGAAAAAUGUCAGUAUUACAAUAGAAUCUAUAGUCUUUCACUCCUCAAGUGGGGCCAUUCAACAUGGCGCCCGGUCUCAAAACAUGACGUACUUCCGGCUUCAAAGCGGCUUCACUUUUCGAUUGGACCUUCUAUUACGAUGCUCUAUCCAGUCAUAAGCUGCCUGAUAACUGACCUACGCUUCACCCGCCCUAAAAUUCGUCGACGGAAAGGGCGAAACGUAGGUCUGAUGAAAAUGUUGUCAAAAGCGCCUUCCGCCCACUUUGCAUUUUGCAAUAAUUAACAACGAUGAUUGACACAUACAUGUAAUACCUAAAAAUACAAUGAAAGUUGUCGAUUUCACUUUAUUGCAAGUUUGUAAACUAGUCAGGAGUCGAUAAGUACAGAUAUUCGAAUAGAUAUUUAAAAUAUUGGUAACCCCAUGGAGCCCGUUGCUUUUAUAUACUUAAACCUUCGUAAAUAACAGUUACAGCUAUACUAAUAAUACGACAUUUUCAACACAUUCUAUAAAUGCGAUAAAAUCUGUCUACGGAAAUUUGGCAAUGGCCAUUGUUGAAUUACAUCCCAACUCUUACAAUUUAUACAUUUUGAAAUCGCCAUACAAUGGUAAAAUCUAAAUAGAAUAUUUUGUACGUGCUAUGUUAUCAAAAUGUAAAUCAUGAAUGCGCACAUAUUUGUAUCCGAGUUUUACUAUGAUUAAUCACAAAAAUUAAAUCGUGUAUAAAAAAUUAUAUAUUGCAUUGUUUAUUACAACGGGAAAGAUACAACGCUGAAGAAUUUGACACGUACCGCUCUACUCCCCUCUAGUUUUAAUUUUAGACGGUAGAUAGUUGCCGUACGGCGUCACAAAAUAUUUAUUAUCAUACAUUUAAUAUGUAUUCUCGUUUCUAAUUGGUCAGAAAGCACCGGCUGAUUUUCAGUAUUCGGCAUUUAUUACGUAUUUUCCGCCGAUGACGUCAUCAGCGUCCAAUAAUUGUUAUUUUGGAUCGAACUUGCAUCCAAAAAAAUAUUAUUGGACGCUGUCGUUCCCAAGCCCCGGCGCGGCCAACAACUCAACCCAAAAGCGCGCGAAAAAACCCCAAACAAACAAUGGCCUACAGCAGAUUUGCUUCGCUAGAUGAAAACGACCUGUCAAAAUUAUUAGCAGAUAAAGACAGUGACAGUACUAAGAAAGCUACAAAGGGAUGCAAAGCUAUUUUUGACGAGUAUCUUCGUCAAAAGAAGGUAGAAUAUCCCCAAUAUGCCGUACAACUGGCCGCUAUUUUAAAGCAGUUCUAUGCCGAAACAAGAAAGCAAGGUGGAAGUCAAUACCAGAAGAGCUCGCUUAGUGCUAUUAGAUUUGGAUUAAAUAGACACUUCAAAGAGAUAUUGAACGUCGACAUAACAAAGGACACCGAAUUCAAGGAAGCCAGCCAAGUGUUUAUUGCACAAUGUGUAAAACUCAAGAAAGAAGGACUUGCAAAAACUAAACACAAACCCGCCAUUGCCGACGAAGACAUAAAGAGACUUUACGAAUGUGGUGUUUUCAACGAUGAUAACCCAACAACACUUCAGAAUAAAGUCUUUUUUGAAGUAAUGUUGUUUUUCUGUCGCCGAGGGAGGCAGAAUUUACGUCAACUUAAAAAGGAUCACUUUGAAAUACAGACCGACGCCAAGGGCAGACGCUUCGUUAUCAAAACAACGGACGAACUGACAAAGAACCGCAGGGAGAAUGACGAGGCAGAAGAUGGAGGAAUAAUGAUGUCAAACGAAGGUUCAUUGUGUCCUGUGGCCUCAUCCGAGAAGUAUUUAUCUCAUUUGAACCCGGAAAAUGAUUAUCUGUUCCAACGACCGAAAACAAGACAGGUGUCAGACAGUGAAGUUUGGUACGACAACAUGGUUCUCGGAGAACACACUUUGGGGAAGAAAAUGAAAGUGUUGUCACAACAAGCUAAUUUGUCUAUCAUUUAUACCAACCACUCGACAAGAGCAACAGCCGUAACAAUCUUUGACCGAAGUGGAUUUGAAGCUCGUCAUAUUAUGUAUGUAAGCGGUCAUCGAAGCGAGAGUAGCAUCAAGAAUUACUGCAAGACCGACCAGAACACAAAAGCAAAGAUGGCAAACAGCUUGAUGUCCGUGACACCGAGUGACGAGUGUACAGUAACACCUGAAGCUGCUUCUCCACCACUGUUGACUGAUUCACAGGAAGAAUUUCUACUGAGAGAUUUGACGAUACAAACCUCAAAUAAUCAGAACGCAAAGCAGUUUAACUUUUACAACUGUAAAGUUGAUUUUAACCUUCGAUUGCAAAUAGAAUUGAUUGUUUAA